AUGACUGAUAAGAAUUUUCAUUAUUCGAUAGGAGGAACACACGAAGAUGCAUGCAAACCGGAAACGAACAGAAUAUUUAUUAAUUUCACGCGAGAAUAUCGACAUCCGGCCAAAGAUCGUUUCAAUCACGAAAAAGUAAAAGAAUUGUUUAAAUACAUACGAGAAAGAUCGGAUUUGCAAGAGAUAAAAGUGUCCGGUUGGAAAGAAGAAUCCAAAGAAUAUGGAAAUAAUGGAAAAGCGGGUUGUUUAGAAGAAUGCGAAGAUGAUGAUGACGACGAAGAAGAAGGUGAUUGUAAUAAAAUCUACGAUAUGGGAGGAUUCUGCGACGACGAUGACGAUAAUAAUAAUAAUAAUGUGAGUUCGAGGAAAGGUCAAGGACAAAGGUUUGCCAUGUCGAGAGAUUUUUGGUAUAGAAAAUUAAACACGUUAAAAGCACAAAAACUCGACGAAGUUGCGUUGGAAGCAGAAGACAUUCCCCCGCCCGAUCGUGACGAUUUGAAAACGUUAAAAUACCUUAAAAAAAGUAAAAUUUAUUCGGAUGAUGUGGUUGAGAGACACGAAGACGUUUUCAAACAAAUAAAAGAAUUCGAAGAGAAAAAUUUCGAAACCGGAAACGGAUGCGAAUUGAAAACAAAACAUUUUGUUAACAUUUACGAUAAUCGGGAUUGUUUCAAAAAGGAAACAAACCAAUGA